ACGUAAAUUUAAUACUCUAAUUUUGGUUCAUUUAUUGUUUGCUGUCUUAUAUGUCUAUAUAUAUUAUAUAGAAUUAUAGAUGAUAAUAACAAAGUGGGAAGGAUAAAAAGCAGGGAUUUAAACUUACAUAUUUUACAUUGUAGUUGUGCUAUCAAUAUAUCUAAACAAAAUCAGAAAUACCACAUUCCACACUCAUCGUUGAUCUUUGUCGAAAUCUAAGUUUGUGUAAACAAGGUAACAAGCUCAGGCUGUCCAUGGGAACGGAAUUCGACCCCACAUUCAUUCAAGCGCCAGAGCACAGGCCCAAGGCCACAGUCGUCGAGGCCCAAGGAAUACCAGUGAUUGACCUUUCGGCCAGGCCCAUCGAUGACCUCGCGAGGGAGAUAGGCUGCGCAUGCAGAAAGUGGGGGUUCUUCAAAGUGAUCAACCAUGGAGUUCCACCAGAGGUUCGACGGAAGAUUGAGUCAGCGGCUAGGGAGUUCUUUGCGAGGCCACAAGAAGAGAAGAUGAGAGUGAAGAGGGACGAGGUCAGGGUUUUGGGAUACUACGAUACCGAACUUACCAAGAAUGUUAGGGAUUGGAAGGAGGUCUUUGAUUUUACGCUGGAGGAUCCAACCUUUGUUCCGGCUUCGGUAGAUCCUGAUGAUCAGAGAGUUACCACGUGGCAUAAUCAAUGGCCUGACAACCCUCCUGUGUUAAGGGAAGCAUGUGAAGAAUAUGCUAGAGAGGUUGAAAAGCUGGCUAUGAGGUUGGUGCAACUAAUUGCCAUAAGCUUAGGAUUACAAGAAAACAGGUUCAAUGACUUCUUCAAGGACCAAACUAGCUUCAUGCGACUUAAUCACUAUCCACCAUGCCCUAAUCCAGACCUUGCUCUCGGAGUUGGGCGCCACAAGGAUGGCGGUGCACUGACAAUUCUGGCUGAAGAUGAUGUUGGAGGACUCGAAGUUAAGAAAAAGAGUAAUGGAGAGUGGGUUCGUGUCAAACCAACACCCGAUUCAUUUAUCAUCAACAUUGGUGACAUUAUUCAGGUUUGGAGCAAUGAAAGAUAUGAGAGUCCAGAGCACAGAGCGAUAGUGAAUUCUGAAAGGGAUAGGUUUUCCAUACCCUUCUUCCUCGAUCCAGCACACUACACAAUGGUCAAGCCUUUUGAGGAGAUGACUGACCACAAGAAUCCUCCAAAAUAUAAACCAUAUAACUGGGGAAAGUUCUUCAUCACAAGAAAAGGCAGUAAUUUUAGAAAACUUGAUGUUGAAAACAUUCAAAUUUAUAGUUUCAAAAUAUCUAAGUGAGCAGCCAUAGGGUAAUAAUAAUAAUAAUAAUAAUAAUAAUAAUAAUAAUAAUAAUAAUAAUAAUAAUAAUAAGAGAUGAUAUGCACUCAUAAAGCUAUUCUAUAAUUGAUUAGCGAUGUCUAUAAUAUUUAUUAAAGUAAAACAAGUGAGACAUAUUGAGUUGUACUAAUAGUAAUAUAUUAUAUCUUAAAAGCGUGUUAGACACACAAGUGCUCUUGGCAUAAUUAUAACUUGUACAAACAUCUUUCAUAUUAUGAAGUCUCUAAUCAUUUUUAUUUUA